UAACCAAGUCCCAAACAGUCCGCUUUCUUUCCAAUUGUAACGCAAAAUUCGCUUCAUUAGAGCGGGAAACAAAAGAAAACAAAGUCAAUCCAACAAUAAUAAUACAAGAACGAGACUGAAAAUCCAGACCUAGUUUUUUAUUGGCAAUGUCGACUACUGUUGAUCAAGAUCAGCAGUGGCUGCUCAAAUGCUUGUCUGCUACUCUUGAUCCUAACCAAGAGGUUCGAUCCUUCGCUGAAGCUUCGCUUAAUCAAGCCUCUCUUCAACCAGGUUUCGGAGCAGCAUUAUCUAAGGUUGCUGCAAACAGGGAGCUUCCAUACGGAUUGCGCCAGCUAGCUGCUGUUCUUCUAAAGCAUUUCAUUAAGAAACACUGGCAGGAGGAUGACGAGUCGUUUGAACAUCCUGUUGUUUCAAGUGAAGAAAAGGAAGUUAUUCGCAGACUUCUCUUAUCAUCAUUGGAUGACUCUCAUAGAAAAAUCUGCACUGCAAUUAGUAUGGCUGUUGCAUCGGUUGCAAUUUAUGACUGGCCAGAGGAUUGGCCAGACUUACUGCCAAUCCUCCUGAAGUUAAUUACUGAUCAAACAAACAUGAACGGAGUGCAUGGAGCUCUAAGGUGUUUGGCUCUCCUCUCUGGGGACCUAGAUGAUACUAUGGUGCCAAAGCUGGUACCAGUUUUGUUCCCAUCCUUGCAUACAAUUGUAUCUUCUCCUCAGACCUAUGACAAAUAUUUGCGUACUAAGGCCCUUUCAAUUGUUUAUUCUUGCACCUCCAUGCUGGGGGUGAUGAGUGGUGUAUAUAAGUUAGAAAUGCAUGCAUUGAUGGUACCAAUGCUUAAACUAUGGAUGGAUCAGUUCUCUGGUAUCCUAGAACAUCCAGUACAACCUGAAGAUCCUGAUGACUGGGGGAUCAAAAUAGAGGUUUUAAGGUGCUUGAAUCAGUUUGUUCAGAAUUUCCCUACCCUUACAGAGAAUGAAUUUAUGGUGGUUAUGGGACCACUAUGGCAAACAUUUGUGUCAUCUCUAAGAGUGUACAUAAGAUCAUCAAUUGAAGGUACAGAAGACCCCUAUGCUGGAAGAUAUGACUCUGAUGGUGCGGAGAAAAGCAUUGAUUCCUUUGUUAUCCAGCUGUUUGAGUUUCUGUUAACCAUUGUGGGUAGUGCAAAGCUGGUAAAGGUUGUUGUGAGCAACGUCAGAGAAUUGGUAUAUCACGCAAUUGCUUUUCUGCAAAUGACAGAACAACAGGUUCAUACGUGGUCAAUGGAUGCCAACCAAUUUGUAGCUGAUGAGGAUGAUUCUACUUACAGCUGUCGUGUUUCUGGUACCCUUUUGCUAGAAGAGGUGGUAACUUCUUGUGGUAGAGAUGGAAUUGAUGCCAUUGUAGAUGCAGCUAGUAAACGAUUUGAUGAGUCACAACAAGAAAAAGCUGCUGGGUCUGUUGUUUGGUGGAGAAUGAGGGAAGCUACUCUGUUUGCUUUGGCUUCUUUGUCAGAACAGUUGCUUGAGGCAGAGGCUUCAGGACUUGUCAGAGUUAGCUUAGGGAAAUUUCUAGAGCAAAUGAUAACUGAAGACAUUGGAACUGGGGUGCACCAAUAUCCCUUUCUUUAUGCUCGUAUUUUUGCAUCAGUUGCCAAGUUCUCCUCUGUGAUUGGCUCUGGAGUUCUUGAGCACUUUCUGUAUGCUGCUAUCACUACAAUUGGCAUGGAUGUUCCCCCACCUGUGAAAGUAGGUGCCUGCCAGGCACUUUCCCAGCUCCUACCUGAAGCAAAUAAAGGAAUCAUUGAGCCUCAAAUGAUGGGUUUAUUUUCAUCACUUACUGAUCUUCUUCAUCAGGCAUCUGAUGAAACAUUGCACCUGAUACUUGAAACGUUGCAAGCAGUGAUUAAGGCUGGCUUCUUGACGGCAUCGAUGGAACCUUUUCUCUCUCCUGUAAUCCUAAAUACGUGGGCCUUGCACGUUUCAGAUCCUUUUAUCAGUAUUGAUGUAAUUGAGGUUCUGGAGGCAAUAAAGUGUUCUCCGGGUUGUAUUCAUCCACUUGCUUCCCGAAUUUUGCCAUAUAUUGGACCGAUAUUAAAUAAACCUCAACAGCAGCCUGAUGGAUUAGUAGCUGGAUCAUUGGACCUGUUGACUAUGCUAUUAAAGAAUGCUCCUUCCGAUGUUAUCAAAGCAGCAUAUGAUGUUUGUUUUGAUGCUGUUAUCCAGAUAAUCCUUAAAAGCGAAGAUCAUAGUGAAAUGCAGAAUGCAACAGAAUGUUUGGCAUCUUUUAUAUCUGGCGCAAGACAAGAGGUCCUUGCUUGGGGUGGCAAUUCUGGAUUUACAAUGAGAAGUUUACUUGAUGCUGCUUCAAGGCUACUUGAUCCUGAUAUGGAAAGCUCCGGAUCACUAUUUGUUGGGACCUAUAUACUGCAACUCAUUUUGCAUCUUCCAUCACAAAUGGCACAGCAUAUCCAGGACCUAGUUGUUGCUCUUGUUAUACGCUUGCGUUCUGCUCAAAUUGCGGGAUUGAGAAACUCAUUGCUUCUUAUUUUUGCUAGAUUGGUCCAUAUAAGUGCUCCAAAUGUUGAACAGUUUGUCAAUUUGCUGAUCUCUAUCCCUGCUGAAGGCUAUGAUAAUUCAUUUGCUUAUGUAAUGUCAGAAUGGACUAAACAGCAUGGGGAGAUUCUAGGCGCCUAUGCGAUUAAAAUCACUACCACUGCUUUAGCCUUGUUGCUAUCCACAAGGCAUCCUGAAUUGGCAAAAAUUAAUGUCCAAGGUCAUUUGAUCAAGUCUGACACAGGAAUAAUCACUCGCUCAAAAGCUAAAUUAGCUCCUGAUCAGUGGACUGUGUUGCCACUUCCUGCAAAGAUAUUUGCUUUACUGGCAGAUGCAUUGAUUGAAAUCCAAGAACAAGUUUUAGGUGAUGAUGAUGAGCAGGAUAGCUGGGAGGAGGUUCAUGAGGAGGAUGUGGAAUCUGACAAGGAUUUGUUGUAUUCAUCUGGUGCUACAACAUUGGGCAGACCUACAUAUGAACAUCUUGAAGCAAUGGCUAAAGUGUAUAAUGAGAAUCAGGAUGAUGAGUAUGAAGAUGACACACUAAGUGCCACUGAUCCUCUCAAUGAGAUCAAUUUGGCAAAUUAUCUUGCCGACUUCUUCAGGAAAUUCUCUCAAACCGACAGACAGCUGUUUGAUAAUCUUUUCCAGUUUCUGACGCCAGCUCAGCAAAAUGCUAUUAAGGUGGUCACGAGCUGCUGAGGUUUGGAUUUUGCAUAUCAUGUUUUGAUGGUGGGUGUUGAUUUGGGUAAGUGUGGAUUAUUUAUGUUUGAUUGAUUGGUUAUUAGAACGAAAUAUUGUGUGCUUAUCAGGUCUCCGAUGAGUGUGUAUAGUUUAGUUUUUGUCUGUAUCAAUAUGCUGAGGGCAUGUACCUGAAUAUUCCUAAAAAGUGAUUUUUUAAAUUAUAAAUGAGAAGUGCACUAAUUCAUUGGCUUUUUCCUU